CUAAUAUAUCUUACGAGGAAACCCUGAGCGAGCAAGGCAGUAGCGGCGGCGGCAUUUUCCUCCCGGAGCCGGAGAAGAAUAGAACAAGAUGAAGUUCAACAUCGCAAAUCCGACCACUGGUUGUCAGAAGAAGCUCGAAAUCGACGAUGAUCAAAAACUCCGAGCUUUUUUUGACAAGAGAAUCUCACAAGAAGUCAGUGGUGACGCCUUGGGUGAGGAGUUCAAGGGCUAUGUGUUCAAGAUCAUGGGAGGAUGUGACAAGCAGGGUUUUCCAAUGAAGCAAGGAGUUUUGACACCUGGCCGUGUCCGUCUUUUGCUUCACAGAGGUACCCCUUGCUUCCGUGGCUAUGGAAGGCGAAAUGGAGAGCGUAGGAGGAAGUCUGUUCGUGGAUGCAUUGUUAGCCCUGACCUUUCUGUUCUUAACUUGGUUAUUGUGAAGAAGGGUGAGAAUGAUCUCCCUGGGUUGACUGACACUGAGAAGCCAAGAAUGAGGGGUCCUAAGAGGGCAUCGAAGAUCAGGAAGUUGUUUAACCUCUCCAAGGAAGAUGAUGUUCGCAAAUAUGUUAAUACUUACCGCCGAACCUUCACAACUAAAUCUGGCAAGAAGGUCAGCAAGGCUCCCAAAAUUCAGAGGUUGGUAACUCCUUUGACCUUGCAGAGGAAGCGUGCAAGAAUUGCAGAUAAGAAGAAGAGAAUUGCUAAGGCCAAGGCAGAGGCAGCUGAGUAUCAGAAGCUCCUUGCCACCAGGUUGAAGGAGCAGCGUGAGCGCCGAAGUGAAAGCGUGGCAAAGAGGAGAUCAAGGCUCUCUGCUGCCAAAUCAUCCACUGCAGCUUAAGCAUGGCAAAUGCUUAUGUAAUGCAGAUGCUAAAAACUUUAUGUAGGUUUGAGGUACUUUUGCUUGUUCAACAAUCUGAGAGUUCAGGAAUUUUUUGGUUCGAAUGCUUUGAGAUUUUGUUCAUUUAAAAUUAAAAUUACAUGUGGAUCUUGAUUGCAUAUUCUUCUUUGACGAUGCUGUUUUGGGCAGAAUGCACUUCUCUUUUCUGUACU